CCACAGUUCUUUAGUGCACCUGUUCUUUUCCGCGGGAAACGAUAUCACAAUUUGUUGAUCAACAUAUAGGCCAAAUAUAAAUAAAAUCAACAUGGAUCAAAGUAAAUUUGAGGCAGAUCGGACAAAAAAAUGUAUUUUAGAAUCAGAAGCACCAGAAUGUACAAAGUCAAAGCCAUGCUGGCUGGGAAUCGAUGAAGCGGGAAGGGGUCCAGUUUUAGGUCCUAUGGUGUAUGGAACAUGUUACAGUCCUCUAACAAGUGGUGAUUUAUUGAAAGAAAUGGGAUUAGCAGAUUCAAAGACAUUAAGUGAAGAACAGAGAGAUAGUAUGUUUGAGAAGAUUCAUAAAGCUAGUGAUAAAGUUGGAUGGAUGGUUGAAAUACUCCCACCAACAUAUAUCUCAAAUAGUAUGCUUAGAAGGAUCAAGUAUAAUUUGAAUGCGUUAUCACAUGAUUGUGCUAUUGGAUUAAUAGAAAAAGUUUUAGCAAAAGGUGUCAAUGUACAAGAGAUAUACGUAGAUACUGUUGGUGAUCCAAUGAAAUACCAGAAUAAAUUAAAAGAUCUUUUUCCCAAUAUUUCCAUCACAGUAGCUAAAAAGGCUGAUGCUACCUAUCCUAUAGUCAGUGGUGCCAGUAUCUGUGCUAAGGUUGCACGUGAUUAUUCAGUAAAGAAUUGGAUAUUUGCUGAAGAUAUUGAUACAGAAGGUUUAGUUUAUGGGUCAGGUUAUCCCUCAGAUCCAAAUACUAAGAAAUUUAUGUCGAGUAGUUUAGAUAAAGUGUUUGGUUUUACACAGUUUGUGAGAUUUAGUUGGUCAACAGCAGCAUUAAUAAUAGAGAAAGAGGGUGUACAAGUCAGAUGGGAAGAUGAUGAUGAUGAAGAGGAAAAUAAAGAUGCUAAAGGAAGUGCUAGUUUACUUACAUUUUUCAAAAGGUCAGAUGAUGACCCCAAGUUACACAGACAUCAAUAUUUUACAGAUAGAUGUUUAACUAGCCUAACUAAUUUAUAGUACAUAACAUUAAAGAGCUAAUUGUGUAUAUACAUGUAAUUAAAUACUUUGAUACAAGGAAAACACUUUAAAAAUGUUAA